AUAGAACUGUUCGCCAUCGGUGUGAAAAACGCUGACGAGAACGAGCUGAAGGCCAUCGCCUCCCCCCCGGAGGACACUCACGUCUACGUGGUGGCGGACUUCGGUGUGAUGAGCGACAUCGUGGAGGGUCUGACCAAGACCGUGUGCGACCGCAUGGAGCAGCUCGACAAACAGAUCAGAGGGGGGUCUCCCGUCCUGCCCCCCACCUCCAUAGCUCCGCCCCGUGACCUGGUGACCUCUGAGAUCACAGCUCGCAGUUUCCGCGUGGCGUGGACUCACGCUCCGGGUCAGGUGGAGAAGUACCGUGUGGUCUACUACCCAGCCAGCGGAGCACAGCCGGAGGAAAAGGUGGUUCAAGGCUCCGAGGACAGCGUGGAGCUGACCUACCUGAACUCCCUGACGGAGUACCAGGUGGCCGUGUUCGCCGUCUACCGCAGCUCCGCCAGCGAGGCCCUGAGAGGGAGCGCCACCACAUUGGCGCUGCCGAUGGUCAACGAGCUGGAGUUGUUUGACAUCACUCACAGCACCAUGAGGGUCCGCUGGCAGGUCGCCGCCGGGGCUUCUGGGUACAUGAUCCUUUACGCCCCGCUGACUGAGGGAGACCCCGCGGACGAGAAGGAGGUGAAGGUGGCGGACUCGGUGAACGAGGUGGAGCUCGAGGGGUUGACCCCGGCCACCGAGUACACGGUGACCGUUUACGCCAUGUACGGAGAGGAGGCCAGCGACCCCAUGACCAGUCAACAGACCACACUGCCUCUGACUCCGGCGAGGAAUCUGCGAUUCUCAGACGUGGACCACAGCUCCGCCCAGCUGACGUGGGACUCCGCCUCCAGGAAGGUGAAAGGUUACCGCAUCAUGUACGUGAAGACCAACGGGGUCCUGACCAAUGAGGUGGAGGUCGGCCGUGUGACCACCAGGCUGCUCAGAAACCUGACGGCACUGACGGAGUACACCGUCGGUGUGUUUGCCAUCUACGACGAGGGGCAAGCCGAGGCUGUGACUGACAGCUUCACUACCAAGACUGUUCCAGACCCACUGGACAUGAAGACCACUGACAUCUCUACUGACAGCUUCAGGGUGUCAUGGCAACACCCGGCCUCUGAUGUGGUGCUGUACCGACUCAUCUGGACACCGACCGACGGAGGAGACAGUGAGGAGGCUCUGGUGAAUGGAAACCUCAACACCUACCUGAUCAGAGGCCUCACCCCGGACUCAGAGUACGAGGUCCUGCUGGCGGCCGUCUACGCAAACGAGGUCGAGAGUGACGAGGUCAUCCUGGUCGAGUCCACCGUUGAGAGAACAACCACCAUCGCCACGACAACCACCACCAUAGCAGCUCCUCGUUUCGGGGUGAGGAACAUGAGGAUCGAUGAAGAGACCACCUACAGUGUGCGAGUGUCCUGGCAGCCGCUCGACUCCAGGAACGUCCGACAUUAUCGACUCAGCUACAUCAGCGCCAAGGGCGACCGGGCGGAGGAGACGAGGACGGUGCCCAGCGGACAGAGCAGCCUGGUGCUGCAGCCUCUGCUCUCGGACACCGAGUACAAGGUGGCCGUCACUCCGGUUUACCCAGAAGGAGACGGCCCGGCAGCGGCUCGAAUGGGACGAACACUUCCUCUUUCAGCCCCGAGGAACCUGCGAGUGUCAGAGGAGUGGUACAACCGCUUCAGGAUCAGCUGGGACGUCCCACCUUCGCCCACCAUGGGCUACAGAGUCGUCUACCAGCCGCUAUCUGCCCCCGGGCCGGCCCUGGAGACGUUCGUGGGCGAGGACGUGAACACGAUGCUGAUCGUCAACCUGCUGAGUGGGACGGAGUACAGCGUGAAGGUCAUCGCCUCGUACACCACAGGGUCCAGUGACGCUCUGUCAGGGAAGGCCAAGACCCUCUACCUGGGGGUGACCAGCCUGAGUGCGUACCAGGUGAGGAUGACGGGUUUGUGCGCCCAGUGGCAGCCGCACCGACACGCCAACGCCUACAGGGUGGUGAUCGAGUCCCUCCUCAACGGACAGAAGCAGGAGACCAAGCUGAGCGGGGGAGCCAGUCGACACUGUUUCAACAACCUGAAGCCCAACACGCAGUAUAAGAUCAGCGUGUACGCUCAGCUGCAGGACGCCAGCGAAGGACCGGCAGUCACUGCUGUGGAGAAGACACUACCCGUCCCGACUCCGGCGCCGACCAAGCCCCCCACCACCACCGCGCUACCCACAAUCCCCCCGGCUAAAGAAGUCUGCAAAGCAGCCAAAGCCGACCUGGUCUUCCUGGUCGACGGCUCCUGGAGCAUCGGUGAUGAAAACUUCCUGAAGAUCAUCCGCUUCCUGUACAGCACGACCGGCGCUCUGGACGGGAUCGGGCCGGACGGAACUCAGGUGACGCUGGUUCUCUCCACGCGGUUCGACUGA